AUGUCUACAAAGGACGAAAGUGAAUCACCACAAAUUUCUGAAGAAAAUACAGCUUCACCGCAAGCAACAAACUCUACCUAUCAGAGAAGAAUAGAAUCUCUUCAUCAGGAGCACAAUAACGGCAUCAAAAACUACUUAAUUACUUUGGAUCCUGCCGAAUAUAAAUGUUGGUCAACAGAGGAAAUAUGUGCAUUGUUGGUGUCGAGCAAAUGUUUAGUGCUAGAAGAUGUGCAACCACUACUUCAAGCCAAAUUUAGAGGGGGAAGUAUUGAUAACAUUAUAAUCGAUAUAAAACAAAAAGCUGGAAACUUAGAAGCAAUAUACGAAAUAGAGCAUAGAUCCUUCCCCUCUGUUCCAAUAGACACCCUUAAAAGCGUCGUAAAUUGGAUCAACUUUAAUCUGAUUCCAAACCUGUAUCACAAAUGGAGUGUUGCCCAAGUGAAAGAACUUUUGUGUUCAAAUGGUGGAUUGAGCGAACAAGAGUACUUGCCAUUAUGUGAGAUCUCAGGUCAAGACUUGGUGAAAAUAGUUCCAUAUGUAAUUGAUUGUCAACAUGUAUAUAUUAGGGAAAAGAAAAUAGAAUUAUCCCCAAAAGCUUGCAAGAGAAUUAUUAGUACCCAAUUCCACACUUUCCCAAUAGAAAAUUUACUAUUUCAGUAUGACAUUGCUGGUCAAGAAAAUAGACUCCUAAGACUAAAGAAACUUGGAAUUGUGUGCUACGACAAGAAAAUGUUGGGUUGUGUUCAUGAUUUGCUGAUACUCUUAGAAAAAUUAGAAAUUGCAAUCCAAGAAUAUGAAAAAAGAAAAACAAGUUCAAUAUCUGUAUUUAAUGAGCAAAUGGACAAGUUGGGUUUGAGCAAGUCAGAUUCUUAUAUUUAUUUAUACCCUAAACUUGAUUUUGAAGAUGAAGAUGAAGAAACCUCUUUUUCUUGCGAACACGUUGUGUGCUCAUUUGCUCCAACAUUUCCUUACAAUAAGUAUGAGGAUAGAGAAACUUAUUUAAAGAGAAGAAAUGUAUUGACAUUUACAGAACCUCCAGGAACAGGAAAAACUCAUUCUGCUUUUCACUUAACGAGUUGUGGGAGAAUGGUAAUUCCUGUAUCACCAAAGCAUAUUUCCAGAUUAUUUCAACAAUUAUCCUUUUGUGGUGAUUCACGUUUUGAUUUGGACAGAAUCACCCAAAAAUUCACAGAGUUUUAUCACAGAUUGGGUUGUUUUUUGAUCAAGUAUGCUGAAUUAACUGUUUGGAUUUUAGAUGAGGUUCAAUGUAUUGAUUAUGAAUGUGGUUUAAAGGUACCCCGUCGUGAUGCUGAAAGUGGUGACGGUUCCUUGUUGACCUUACUAGUUUCUUGGCUGAGAUUAAAGGGUGCAGUGGUGCUUACUACAACAAAUUUCUCUGCAGUCAAAGGUAAAAUUGAAAGAUUAAUUUCAUCAGAUACUGGAAAAGAGGUUUUGGAAAAGUGUUCAUACGAAUUCAAAUUACUUCCACUGCUUAAUCCAAAGCAAGUCAUUGAGUUUUUGAGGUAUUUCAUUACGGUAGACUCAAGAAGAUUGUGGGUUUAUGUUUCCUUCUUUUUACAAGGCACAAUAAGAAAUGUUGAAUCUUUCUUGCAGAAAUUGUAUUUUAAAGCAAGUGAAGAAAAAGCUGCAGGUUUAGGUGAUGACUUUAUAUUGAGUGUUCUUCAUUCUUUUUGUAGAGACAAGGUUUCACUUAAAUUGAGUAGAAAGGAAGAAAUGGGUUCAACAUUUCCAAAUUUUGAAUACAUAUUUUACAAACUAGCAAUAGCUGGGGAAGUUAAUCUGCAAGAGUUAAAUCUCACUGAAGAACAAUGCGAACUAACCAAAUUUUUAAUUUGUAACGGAGUGAGCUUUAUCUACAUGCAAGAGUCUUAUACAUACAAGUUAUCAAGUUGCCUUGAAAAAGGAAGAAUGUUGAAUUAUGUAUUUGACAAGUUUACAAAGAAAAAUUGGGUUGCAGAAAUAUUUACAAUUUUAGUUAAUAACAAGAAUUCUACUUCCCAAGACAUCUCAUUGCUUGCAGAAGUAUUUCUUGUAGAUAUACUUAUUAAUCACUUUGGUUCAUUAAUUGCUCCACUUGUUAAAGGUUCAUAUGUCGACUCGUAUGAAUUACUGGCGAAGCACUAUUUUGAAGAUCCUCAAUCAUCUACCAUCGAUAAAGAUAAUGUUAAGAUGUCUUCAUUGAUGAUCGAAUAUCUUGCUGUCCAGACAAAGAGCAAGUAUGACACAAUCUGUCAAUUUUUGUCUCGCACAGGACAGUUUGCUGAAAUUGACAUACUGGGAAUAUUGUCAACAAAAGAUAGCAAAAAUUGUUUACCAAGCGCUAUUCCACUAACUGUAGCCAUUUCCAGAAGUAACGACAACCAGUCCAAGAAAUUGAAAAAAGACUUUGCCAGUUCAAUGUACAGAAAUAACUCGACCAAAAGGAAGAGUGUAAGAAUGUUAUUUCAUCCUAAUUGCUCAUAUUCAAAGAGUUUAAAUGACAGAAUUACUGAGGGAACGUUUAAUAAUGAAACAGAGAAGGUAACAAUCAAACAGGUCCUUACAGACUAUUCUGUAAUUACUGGAGAUGAUCAGUGUGUUAUUGAGAUUAGUUCUGGAAUUGAAAAACAAUGGCCUGAAUGGAAACCAUUUAUGGACAGUUGGAGAAAGCUUUUUGUUGAGAAUCAAUAA